AUGUACCAAAGAACAUUUUAUCUAAUAGUUAAAACUUGGUCUAGUGGAAAUGCUGACAUUGAUAAGAUUAUACAAGAAUCUCAAAUAAAUUACAUUUAUGAAAAGUUGCAUUGGUUACCUUAUGAUAAUUUUCAAAAAAUCAAACACAUAGCAGAUGGAGGUCAUGGAUCUGUGCAUUCUGCUGAAUUAAAAAAUGCAAUGAAAGGGAAAUGGAAUUUUAUCAAACAAGAUUGGAAGUAUGAUUUAAUAAGCGCCGAAAUUACUUUGAAAGAAAUAAAAGAUUCUAGAUAUACAACUAAUUUCUUAAAUUGGUAUGUUUCUUUAUAUUUAAAUAUAAAUUCAUGUAAAUUUGAAGAUGAUUUAAUUUUAAAUGCUAAUACCAAAAAUAACAAAAUUUCUGGAUCAAUUCCGUAUAUUUCAUCUGAGGUAUUAAGGGGAAAUGAAUUUACAAGGGAGGGUGAUAUUUAUAGUUUUGGUGGAAUUAUGUAUGAAAUAGUUACUGCACAGCGACCAUUUGCUGACCAAGAACAUGAUACUUAUUUGAUGAUUGUUAUAUGUAAUGUGGAUAAUGAUGUUAUGCGUCAACUUCAAAUUGAAAAAAAAUACAUCAAAAUCUCAAAAACGAGAAUUAUCUUAAUUAUUUUUACUGCAAAUAAGUUACAUUCACAAUCAUGUUACAGUACAUUAGUCGAUAUACUCAUACUCUUCAUGCAUGAUUUAUUGGAAGAUCUCAAAUCUGGAAAAUCAUCAGUCUUGGAUUGGGUUGUGGUUCCCAAGAAUGUGUCCGAACUCAAUAAUACUCAAGGAAUAUUUGAGUUAAAAUGGAAAAAAAUUAAAUUAUCAAAUUAUAAAAGAG